CUGGAGAACUUCAACCCUCAGUCCCCUGGCCAGCGAAUUGAUCAACAAGCGCGUCGAGUCUGCCCGACAAUGCAGAAUCAGGCAGCAGUCCGCGAGCGCGUGCACAGCUAUCGGCAAUCUCGUCUCCCACGCUGACCCCGCGGGAUCAGGCAGCGGCGUCCCACCGCGCGUGGCAUGCAGCCUCGGCAUAUACACAGUCUGAGAAGGAAAACAACAGGAGCGCCUCGUUCCGCCGGUCGCGAGAAAAUUACGCGCGGGUACUGAUUCCACGAGCUAAUAGCCCUCUGAAGACGACCGCCCAACCUCGAAUCCAAUCCACGCACGCGUCCACAAUGCCGCCAACCUACCACUCGACCCUCUCCGCAUUCACCCACUUCCUCACCGCCUACACGCACACGCUACUCUACCUGCGCACGCUCUACCCAGCGAUCUCCUUCCAGCGCUCGCGCUUCCACAACACGCCCGUCUACCAAUCGCGGCACCCGCUCGUCUGCGAAUGGAUCCGCGACGCCAUCAGCGCCGUGCGCGAAGAGCUGCUCGCGGGAACCGUCGCCCGCAUCGGUAUCGUGGUAUACAACUACAGCCCCGACUCGGCAGGGGGGAGCGCAAAGAUCAUGGAGCGGUAUAUGUUGGAUGUGAGCGCGUUCCCCGUUGUGCUGAAGGGGGAGCGGAAUGCGGAGAUUGAGUGGGAGGAGGAGGAGGUGCCGGAAGAGGUGGAGGGGAAAGGGAAGGGGAAGCAGAAGGCGUUAGAUGCGGAUGUGGAAGUUAACCUCUCAGAGCAGUUCCGCGCUGCGCUUGUUACUCUGACGACGCGCUGCUCACGGCUCACACCGCUGCCGCGCCAUUGCUCCUUCAACAUCACCAUGGAGCUGAAGGACGAGGCGGACGUUGAUCCGCCGCUCGGCCACCCGCAGCCCUGGAUACCUGUACAACCGAGUCUGCAGAAGACAGGGAGGAAAGGAGGGCGUGCUGAUGACGAGGAUGGAGAGAAGAGGGGAGGCGAGGAUCUGGGCGGCGCAAUAGUAACGCCUAUACGGACAGUGGAGGCAGGUGUGUUCAGGUUCGAGACGUGGAUUGAGGAAGGGAAGGCGAAGUUUGAGAUGCAGGAUAGUACGAAGAGUAGCUUUGCGAGCUCGGGGGAUGAGGAUGCGGGUUGAUGAUCAUGGGCAAUGAUACAAGCACGGAAACACCACCACGCUCCUGAGUGUCUAAGCAGCACCACCCAGUCCGGUUACUGCUGAAAUAUUUCAGACAGGAGACGCACCUCGGACCUUCGACGCAUCACCGAAGAUAGGGAGCAUGUGUCCGCGACGUGCGAGCGGAGCGGCUUGAAGUGGAGAGGCUCGAAGCUCAUUAGACAUGGACAUCGCUUAGUCGAGCGGUUCCUCACUGUACGCUAUUAAGAGGAGUCUUGGAAUGCGUAUUGAGUCAUACUUUUCACUACAUCAAUUGAACUAUUUCGACCCUCUC